AUGACAACGUCCAAUCUGCAAAAAUUAGUCGGAGCAAAACUCGUUAAUGAGAUGUUACGGUGUGAUUCCGUUCGACAAAAAGAACGGAAUGACUGGAAAGUUCUCGUUAUGGAUCGUUUAGCAACAAGAAUCAUAUCAGCAUCAUGCAAAAUGCAUGAUAUCAUGUCAGAAGGGAUUACAAUCGUCGAAGAUAUUAUGAAGAAACGUGAACCGUUAGGAAUGUUGGAAGCUGUUUAUUUCAUUCAACCGAACGAAAGAUCCGUCAACGAACUUAUCAAUGAUUUCGACAAAGCAAAUGCAUUAGUUCCAAAAUACAAAGCAGCUCAUGUUUUCUUUACAGAAGCGUGUAAUUCCGAGUUAUUUACCAAAUUAACUCAAUCAAAAUGUGCAAAAUAUAUCAAAACAUUGCGGGAAGUUAAUAUUGCUUUCUUACCAUAUGAACGUCAGGUGUUCACCCUCGAUUCACCUGAUACGUUUUUCAUCGCAUAUGAUCCGCAACAAGCAAGUGUUCGCGCUCAACAUCUAGAUGUUAUUGCUGAACAAAUAGCAACGUUAUGCGCGACACUCGGCGAAUAUCCAACAAUUCGUUAUCGAAGUGAAAACGAGAAACUAUUAGAAUUUGCGCAUGCUGUUCAACAAAAACUUAAUCAAUACAAAGCUGACGAUGCGACCAUGGGCGAAGGCGGCGACAAAGCAAAAUCCGUUUUACUUCUACUCGAUCGAGGUUUUGAUGCUGUUUCACCAUUACUUCAUGAACUGACAUUCCAAGCAAUGGCACAAGAUUUAUUAAAAAUCGAAAAUGACGUCUUCGAAAAUGAAGUUCAAACACCUGGCGCAGAUCCAAAAGUCAAUCCAGGACAAAAACAAAAAGUCCUUUUGGAUGAAAAUGAUGAAUUAUGGACUGAACUUCGUCAUCAGCAUAUUGCCGUCGUCACACAGAGUAUUACCAAGAAAAUCAAAGAUUUUGCAGUACAAAAACGUGUUAAAGAGGCCGAUCGUGGCGAGCGAACUACAAUGAAAGAUCUUUCAUUGAUGAUUAAAAAAAUGCCACAGUAUCAAAAAGAAUUGAAUGCAUAUGCGCUUCAUUUUAACAUCGCUGAACAAUGUAUGAAUGCCUACAAUCGGGAUUCGGGAGAAAAAUUAUGCUCGGUCGAACAGAAUUUGGCAAUGGGUACUGAUGCCGAAGGUGAACGUAUCAAAGAUCAUAUGCGUAAUAUUGUACCACUACUAUUGGACACUGUCAUCGCAAUUGAAGACAAAUUACGUAUCAUUAUGUUAUACAUUUUACAUAAGAAUGGUAUCACCGAAGAAAAUUUGGACAAACUGCUAAGCCACGCAUUGAUUCCAACCGAGAAGAAAGCGGUUAUUUCCAAUAUGCAACAUUUAAAUUUACAAAUCAUUCAAGAUCAAAGUCGACGUGAAAGCGGAGUGUCCGCUGACUUAGGCAGAACAUCUGCCAUGCAUAUGGCUACGGAACUAUUCAUAAAACCGUCAGGGGCUGGUAGACGUAAAAACAUUCCACAGUCAAGAAAAGAACGUACGGAAACGACCUACACAAACUCAAGAUGGACACCGUAUAUCAAAGAUAUUAUGGAAGAUAUUAUCGACGAUAAAUUGGAUUCGAGACAAUUUCCAUUAAUUGGUGGACAAAGAAACAUAGGAGCUAAUUAUUCUGCACAAAGUUCUCGAGAAUUCGGUGGUUGGAUGCAGAACCGUAAAGGCGCCGUACGAUCAGGUCCGCGUUUGAUUGUCUUCAUCCUUGGAGGUGUUUGUUACAGUGAGCUUCGUUGUGCUUACGAAGUUACUCAAAGUAAUAACAAGAAAUGGGAAGUAUUCAUCGGCAGCGACCACACGAUCACUCCACGUCAGUUCCUACGUGAUCUGGAAAUGAAACCACGCCAAGAAGAUGAACAGUAG